AUGUCGGGUUAUGGUUAUUCUCAUGGCGGAUAUGGAGCACCCCAGCCUCAGUACCAGAACAACUACUAUAACGGUACUCCUCAGAGCUACGGCGCCUACCCCCAAGGCCAACCCUACUAUAACCAAGGCCACCCGCCACCACAACAACCGCAAUAUGCCUACCACCAGGGGCCACCACAACAGCAGCAGCAGCAGCAACAGCAGCCACAACAUGGCGGAUACAAUAAUGCAUAUGGGAGACCUCCCAUGCCCACGGUGAAUUCCAAUUCUUACAAUCAUGGCAACCAUGCCGCGCCACCACCGCCGCCUACGGGCCCUCAGUCCUUCGGCCAUGGUGCUCCGACGAAUUAUGCCUUUCAGUAUAGUGCCUGUACCGGCAGAAGGAAAGCCCUGCUAGUGGGCAUCAACUACUUUGGUCAACGCGGUCAGCUCAGAGGUUGCAUCAACGACGUGAGGAAUAUGUCGUCAUAUCUGAACCAGCAUUUUGGCUACAAGCGUGAAGACAUGGUCAUUCUCACUGAUGAUCAACACAACCCAAUGAGUCAGCCGACGAAACAGAAUAUCCUCCGCGCCAUGCAUUGGCUUGUCAAGGAUGCAAGGCCCAAUGAUUCGCUCUUCUUCCAUUAUUCAGGCCACGGAGGUCAAACGAAAGAUCUGGACGGUGAUGAAGCGGAUGGAUACGAUGAAGUCAUCUACCCCGUGGAUUUCCGCGCCGUUGGCCACAUCACCGACGAUGAGAUGCACAGAAUCAUGGUCAAGCCAUUGAUGAGUGGUGUCCGUCUCACGGCCAUCUUUGACUCGUGCCACUCGGGCACUGCAUUGGAUCUGCCUUACAUAUACUCGACACAAGGCAUGCUCAAGGAGCCCAACCUGGCCAAGGAAGCUGGUCAGGGUCUCCUUGGCGUCAUUUCUUCAUACAGCCAGGGCGAUAUCGCUGGCGUCGCCAAAAACGUCAUGGGCUUCUUCAAAAAGGCCACCAAUGGCGAAACUGCCCAUAACCGGGCCAUGGCAACAAAAACAUCUGCUGCAGAUGUUAUUAUGCUUUCCGGCAGCAGGGAUGACCAGACCUCUGCCGACGCUACAAUUGCUUCUCAAGCAACCGGGGCCAUGUCGUGGGCCUUUAUCACGGCUUUGAAGAAGAGGCCACAACAGAGUUAUGUGCAGCUUUUGAACAGCAUCAGAGAUGAGCUGGCCACACGCUAUACUCAGAAGCCACAGCUCUCAUGUAGCCACCCCCUCAGUCAGUCUCACCACCUGGCAUCGGGAAAUAUGCCUGUCAUACAGGUAGAGCGCAUUAUUUGA